AUGGAUGUCAGCGUCUCAAAUGACCUUACUUUGAAGCAACGCCAGGAAUUGAGCAGACUGAGAGACAAAGGCUGGAGAGGAUACUACAAGAAUUGGAAACUGGCUGUGGUUCCAGAGACUCAGCUGGCACCCUCGGAUUCCCCCGCCACAACCCACCGACACAUGGGUAACGCAGGGAGACCAGCGCAGGCACACGGAACAACAACAGCGAGAACUCAAGGAGGAUGGACUCUAGCCGAACGACCCAGCUCGGACUUCCAGUCCCCCGAGAGGCGUGUGUGUGUGAGGCUACAGGCUAUGGAGACCAGCUGGCCUCACGCUCGCCGCUCCUGCCUCGCCGACAAAGGUUUUUUGGUCAAGACAGACGUCCAGAUGAACGUUGGGGGAGUUCGACUUGAUCACUAUAUCAAGGGGCAUGGGAUCGGGUCAGUGUGGACGGGCAUGCACACAAACUACGGCAGCUUGGUAUGGGACGGUCUCAAGCCUAAGCUGGUGAAGGCUUACACAGGGGAGUCCCGGUUGUACGGCGUGCGCAAACGAGGCUGGAAGCUGGAUCUGGGCCAGCUUGUGGAAGAGGAGGAAGAAGGAGAAGAAGGAGAAGAUAAUAGUGAGGAGGAAGACGCGUGUGCUGUUCUGGUCCUCGGCGGUACUUCGGAGUCUGGGGAAAUAGGCUCAGAGGAGCCGUUGUCGCGCCGACACAAGAGAUCACCGGUACAGGUGCCACCGUCUUCCAGCGUGUCUUCAACUGGCCCAAGUGGGCAAAGUGGUCACCGAGUGGACAACGAGGACAUGCCUCUUAAUCGUGAGCCCACGCGGGAGAUGAGGAUGGAGUCGCUGCAGAACUUCCUCUCCAACCAGGGCUUCCAGGAAAAAUACGUAGAAAGCAUCGGCGACUCCAACAAUCAACAGGUCGAGGUUAAAUCACAAGGGCAUAUUAUCCAAUCGGGGGUGACCACAGUCUCAACGACUACAACUGACCAAUCACAGCUCGAGGAUGACGACUACCACCAGGUGACCAAAAGAAGUGUCCGGCCACCGGUUAGUACAACGUCAGUUCCGACCAGCCCGAGCACGACCAGACCGCCGGUCACAUCACCUCCGACGUCUUUGCCCAGGCACGCAGACGCAUCAGCUACACUGGGAGACAGACGCACAUCCCUAGUUACCAGCAGUACAGCACGCCCGGAAACAACAACUGGAAUAGACGACCUUUUAGGUCAACUGCUGCACGCUUCACUCGCCGCUAGCGGACCUGACCCAACAAUGCCAGGAGGCGGAACUGGGGGCAUUGGGGGCGGUGAGAAAGGAGGGGGUUUGAUCAGUGGGGGCAAUAGGGUAAUUGGUGGAUCUAAUAAACCCUUUGCCGCGUCCCAGGCUCGCACAGUGCAGACAGCUGACUAUCUCAGAUCUCUGUUAGAUCAUGCCACUGUCACCAUAGCGCCAGCCACUUCUGUGACCCCGGCGGGAGCUGAAGUGACCCCGACGCAACCUCCUGCUGAUGCUAACGACAUCCUAGCACAGCUUCUCGCCAGCGGUGUACAACAGCAGGACACAACUGAAACACCGAGAACGAUCUUCUCCGCAAAUCCCAGAGCUCGUAGUUUCUUUCACGGACUUCGCAACGGAAGCGUGACCAACGAGAAUAGUAUUGACAAAACGUCAAGGGGGCCUGUAGGGAAUUCUGAUACAACCACCACAACAACUUCAACAAUCUCCGCCGGUACAACGGCUACCGAAGCCUCCAACACGGCCUCUCUCAGCAGGUCGACCGGCCCUACCGUAUGGGCAUCUUCUACUAAUCGCUUGUCUCACAGGCCACAGGAAAACGCCAACUCUAUCAUGGUACGCGGUCGUGGCAAGAAUGCACAUGCUAAAAAGUCUGAGGUAUCAUUUGAUAACACAACUCUGGACAUGUCGAGGGAAUCCAGUUCUUCCUCUGCUGAUACCAGUGCAGAGAAAAAUUCAAACGAAACGUCGUCGGAUGGGAAUUCUACUAUGCCAGGGGGACUUUUCAAUAGUUCUGUUACCACUGAAGAUCCGCUAGACAACUCGCAGGAGGUCACUGACCCACUAGCGUCCGGCGAAUCCACAACUUCCAGUCCACUAGAUAGCGUGGAUCCAAUAUCCAGUUUGCUGGGUGGUAACUCCUCGCUGGAUGCCGGAUCUCAGGAAGAGACCGGUUCUACCACAACGAUAGCGAAUCUACUCGAGAGUGUGGAUCUCGAUAUAUACGGACCAGUAAAGAACGAUUCCAGUCCAGCGUAUGGUGGGCUCGGAGUUUCGAAUAACACGCGCUCCACAGAAGAUAGUGCGGAGAUGAUGGACCGGUCAAACGUGACCGACUCGACGGAGAACGCUGUGGAUGAUGAGAACUUGGAUAUCCGCGAUAUGCUCACCUCGAGCAGGUCACGUCAUCUGAACAACUCUGAUAGUCACCAAGUAACGUCGCAUGAGCAACCAGAGGGUGAGGAUAGUUGGGGUCAAAAUUCGCAAGAAUCUGGUCUAGACCUUGGUGAUGACGGCAUCAUGUGGGCAGGUCUUGGCGACCCGGAAAUGACCAAUACGAUGAGCCUGGAACAGUGCCAGGAGGGACACUCGUCAGUGUGCAUGACGGAGGCGGUAGAAGAAUUGACUCUUGGUGAAUUUUUCGAAGACAUCUCUGAAGAAGAGCACACUGGAAUCUUCGUGAAGAACAUGACGUCAUUCCACCCAAGGACUCUGUGGUGUCCACUGCGCAUGUCAUCGUUUGACGACAUCAUCGUAUGGUACAAAGAUGGUCGACCAAUCAGAGAGAGGGAAGAAGAUGAAGAUACGGCCUUCACGAACACAAACAAUCACGUAAUCACAGUCCACGGGAGUAUCAUCACUGCACCCACUGACCCCGAGGCGGCUGCCAUGUUCAAUCUGAUGGGUCAUCUCUCCGGACUUCUGACUGUGUUGGACCACGAUCUGGCCACAAUAAGCAAAAGUUUGACCCACAAACUUCGCGCGCACAUGCCAAUAGUUCUGGACGUCAUCUCCUUUGUCCGGAGAACCAAUUCCCAGACGGGCCAGACGGAGUUUGUGACGUAUAUAUGUACGGCCACCGGCGACCUUCCUGCGCGCAUGCGCGGAGACCUGGUCGAUCUGUACGUGUCCACUUUGUACAACGUUCUGAAGGCCAGAGAGCCGGAACUCCGACAGAGCUGGAACUUAAGACUUCCCCUAGACGAGGCUGUCAAUAUCUCCAUGGCAGGUGAGCCGACAACUGGUGCGUACAGUGGACCGAGUCUUGUCGGCGCCGGAGGAGGAACUGAGGAGGGCAGAGGAGAGGAGCGCAGCACCCUCGCUUUGGUAUCGUCGUUGUACCCUCUCCACCGACAGCCCAAUAACGGCCCACAAUCUCAACCCCAUAGCAGCGAAAGGGACAGUGAGCUGACUUCGCAGAGACGACUUUUGUGUUUCAAAACCCUGAUAGCAGACCUCGAGAAGUUCGGCGAGAAGGCCCAGAUGACCGCGCGUGACCCCCACGUCCGUUUCGUGACCCCCAACGUGGCUAUGGACCUCUGGGACCUGGAUGACCCCCAGCACGUAGUCAUCGGCAUGGGCGCCACUCACACGCCAAGUUGGUCAGAACCGCUCUCUGAACCGCGGAUUCUAGAGAUCAAGCUGCUGGAUGGACGUGAAGCCGUUCUACUACGCCUUUGCCCUCCCUGUUGGCAUCAUCAUGGUGUUCAACCUGGUCAUGUUCGCGGUCAUCCUGCUGAGUCUGGUCACCCGGCCCAAGGGACUCCGCAGUAACCAUGGCAACCACAAGGCCAGGGAGACCAACAUCAAAGCUGCCUUCACAAUCUUUAUACUGCUUGGUUUGACAUGGCUUUUUGGUUACCUGGCUGUUGAGGAUGCUCGGAUCCCCUUCCAGUAUGCCUUUACAGUACUCACCUCUCUACAAGGAUUUCUUAUCUUUGUGUUGAUGGUGGUCCGGCGGAAACAGGUUC